AUGACCUCCACCAGGUUUCUCAUCCGCAAAGUCUGGGGUUUGGUACUGGGACCGGUGCUAUUUAACAUCUUUGUUGGCAACACGGAUGGUGGGAUUGGGCGCACCCUCAGCAAGUUUGACAAUGGCACCAAGGUGUGUGGAGCGGUCGACACGCUGGAGGGGAGCUACGUGUUGGCGUACGCUCAGUUAUCAUAUGGGCUUCCCCCCAUGGCAACCAGUCUACUGGAGCAGCGGAUCUUCUGCUCGCACCAGGCGGACGCGUGCAGCAAGGGGAACGUGACGGCCAGCAAAGUUCCCCAUGGCACCACAGAAAUAUGUGACAAAGGGAACAUGACCGCUAACACUGCUUCUCCUGUCCAGCCUGGAACCGAUGUCACCCUCUCCUGCCGACUGAAGCCCCGGAAACCCACCAACCAGUGCAGGAUUGCUAUUUUCUUUAACAGCUCGGAACUAAUUAGCAAUUACAGCAGUGCAGUAAGCACCAAGUUUCUAAUCCAUACGUACGGCAAACACGUAUUUACGUGCAAAAUAGUUUGUGAACACAGGAAAACACUCAUUUGUGGAAUCGAGAUAGAGUCUGGAAAUCCUCCAGAUGAGCCAAGAAACGUGUCGUGUAUCCAGUACGGGACAGACGGCCAUCCCAACUGCACCUGGGAAAAAGGAAGGCCCACCUACAUCAGCACUACAUACGUGAUACAGCUAUCAAAUGGGAUGGAUGUCUUAUGUGUUUCAGAAGAAAGCCAGAAUACGGAGUUUGGCUCGCUGGCUCUGAGCAAGUUGAAUUUCGACUCUACGUACACCCUUGUGGUUGCUGCCUCCAACGAGCUAGGAAGUGCUUUUUCACAACCACUCGUGUUCAUGUUAAUAGACAUAGUGAAACCACAUCCUCCCAACUUUCUGGUGGAAUUCGAAAAUUCUUCCACUACCGGCUGCGCCUUUUUUCGGCAGGCUGAAGCACAAGCGCAGCACUGCAGGCUGAGAUAUCGUCCCCUCGCCAGGCACACCUGGAGCACGGUUGAGACCUUAAGCAGUGAGAAAUGCAGUCUUUACGGUCUGGAGCCUCACACUGCCUACGAGUUUCAGGUCAGCUGUAAAAUUCACCCCGAGCGAGGAUUGUGGAGUGACUGGAGCGGGUACCAGACCUGGACUCCAGAAGCAGUGCCCACCGGGCUCCUGGACGUCUGGUACCGACAGCAGGACGUGGACUCCCAAAGGCAGAACAUCUCUCUUUUUUGGAAGGCUUUGAGCAAGUCGGAGGCGAGAGGAAGAAUCCUGUGGUACACAGUGACCUUCGAAGCCCUGGACCAGCGGAGCCCCCCAGCACAAACACAGCUCACCAACCACACCAGCUACCUCCGAGUCACGCCGAGGGUGGGCUACAAGAUAACGGUCACCGCCGAGAACUCAAGGGGCAGGUCCCCCCCUGCAUCCAUCGUGACCAGCCUGGGCACCCAGGAUCUACCUCCUCCUCAGAAGGUGUCUGCCAUGGCCAUGGGCAACAGCAGCAUCCUCGUCAGCUGGAAACCACCCAGCAGCCCGGUGGCAUCACCCAACGGGUACGUGGUGGAGUGGGCAGAGCCGGGGAGGGACACGCACCCGGAGACCCAUCCAACCUGGGUGAAGCUGCCAGCGUCCAACCUGUCCACGGUGAUCACAGAGGAGAUAAAAGACAACGUGUGCUAUCAGAUCAGCGUGUUCGCACUCUAUCGGGACAGAGCUGGACAAGCGGCAUCAGUUAGGGGAUACUCAAGAGCCGAAGCACCGUCGGCGGGGCCCCAGGUGUACACAACACCGCGGGCAAACGGCAUCUUGGUUUCAUGGGAAGCAAUCCCUGCCCACCACCAAAGGGGCUGCAUCACUGGGUACCGCGUGUACCUGCAGAAGAAGGAGAGGGAGGAAGCUCCAACCAUCUACGCUGUUUCCGACGCGAGCGCCCCGCGCUCCCUGCACGUCGCCCACCUGCAGCCCGGGGAGCACUAUGCCCUGUGGAUGACAGCCUCCACGGCUGCCGGAGAGGGACCCUGGGGCAACAGCGAGCUCCUCUGCUUGGAAAGUGUUGGGGACUGGAUGACUGUUGUGCUUACCUGCAGCUUCUUCAUCUUCUCAGCCUGCAUUUGUUCUGUGCCUCCGGUAAGAAAAGGAUUGCGCUCGCUCCUCUCUGCGUUUAUGCCGCAGUGGCAAAGCAAAGCCAUUCCAGACCCAGCUAACGCUACGUGGGCCAAGAACUACAUGUCUACGAAGGCAGAGCUGAGCUCACCCUUCAGCCCCUUCCUGCUCAGCGCCGGCCGCUUCGAAGAGCCUGAAACAACCCAAGUAGAGGAAGCUUUCAUGAAGACAGAUCCUCCGGUCCUCCGGGACCAGCUCCUCUUCGGCAGCACUGGCCACGGGGGAACGGGCCAUUGGCCACUGGAGAGCGGUUUGGGGCAGGAGCCGGAGUACGAGGCUCUGGCCGGCACAGCAGACGGGGACCUGUACGAGCAGCAGCUCCCCGACCUCUACAAGAAGAUAGUGGUGGAGGUGACGGAGCACACACAGACUGUUUCCGAGUACAUCGCCAACCCCGUCACCGCGUACCCACCCCUGGUCACCGGCGCGGCUGAAGACCAUCCUGAACUGGACUGCAAUCCGCUCUCCGUCUUCCCAAGAGCUUUUCUGACCCCCGUGCUUCCCUACGAAGGGCACCUCACUCUGGAUGCGGUGAAAAUGAACCACAGCUCUUUCACAAGACCCAGCCAAGGCCUGCGGUUUCUUCUUCGGAAGACCUACUGCUGUCGGAGCGGCGCUGCGGAUACAUCAGGAACUGAUGUACUCGUGUCGGACUGCGCUGCUAAAUUCCACGUCCCAGCCGGAGUCCAGAGGGACUACCGCAGCAGCGGCUACCACCGUCCCCGACCUCCCCGCUCCAACUUCGGGAAAGGUUACUCCAAUCUACAGGGCACCCCUCUCAAAGAAAAAACAUAG